CUUUACUACAGCUACUCUGGUUAAUCUGAAAAGUGUUCGACUGGGAGUACCAAAUACACUUUGUAAGCAUUUGAUGUAACCGGACGACAGAAUGUGCAAUUUAAAACGUACAUAUUGUCUCUUAGGUUAUUGAAAUUUCUCAAAAGUCAAGUAUCUCAACGUGUACAAGUUAGCCACCUGUUUGAGCAACGAGCAUCUUUGUUUACCUUUAGCGAGAGUAGCUAUGCAAGCUAGUUUGCUAGUACGAAGAUUGUAUAAAAGUUAGAGGUAUACCGACCAUUAUUUUGUCGAUGCUUUCUCUUUUUAAAUAUUUACAGAAGCUGGAAACAUGGUUCGGAUCAUUUAAAGCGUACAAGUUAGUAGACAAACUUACAUCAACAUGAAUUGAAUUUUGUGUAAUGUUGGAUUAGAAAAACUGAAGAUGUGGCCUGUUUAAGAAGUCUGCUUACAUCAACGGAGCUCAGUUUGAGACAGACACUAAGUCGUUCACAGCCAGAUGAGCCUCCACUUCAGUCGGACUGUGUUGGUCAGGACAGACCUCUCAGUGGGACACAUGAGAGAUCUGCUGUUGCUGAAAGUUCAAGCCCAUCCUCCUGCAACUUGAGGUCAGAGCCGACUGUGCAAAGAUGGAGUCUUUUGCUGCUCGCAAGAAGCCGGGCUAUCUGCGCCAAGAGAAUGCCUGUCUGAGCUUACAGGAUGAGCAGCUCAUCAGUGACCUCGAUGCUGUGCAGAAUGAAUUGGCCUCCUUCAAGUCACAGGCCGGUCUCAGAGGCUCCAGGGUUCAAAACAGCAUUGCAGUCAUGAGCGAGCAGAUUCAUCAACUUCAAACAGAGCUGGAGGCUCAAGCCAAAGAUCUAAAGGCAGCAGAGCUGAGGGCUGAGUGUUACCAGGAAGCAGCAGCUCACAGCGACAUUGUUGUGGCAAAUCUCACGGAGGAGCUGGGUACACUCAGAGAAGAGCAAGACAAUAUGACAGCACUAUGCAAACGAGCUGAGCAACAAAGGAACCAAGCACUUCAGAAUGCUGAGAAACUCAAAGAAGCAUUCAAAGGAUAUAAGGACACCACCACCAUUAAACUUAAGAUGGUGACGGAGAGUGAGCACAAACUAAAAGAGAGUCUUAUGGAGUGUGACAGAGAAAAAAAUGAGCUUGAAGUGAAGUGUAAUCUGCUGGAGAGAGAAAUCACUGAAAAGAACCAAACUCUUAGCCGACUGAAGGAGGAAGUGACACAGGCUGAGUCUGUGGGGUCUGGCCUCCAGGCACAGCUGGAGGAGGCUGGACAAAAGGCCUUACAACUGGAGAGGAGGCUUAAGGAGAAGGGCGAAGAUUGCAGGGAGCUUGUCUCUCUGAAGAAAGAGCUGGAAGAGCUGCAGACACUGACCCGACGCCAGGAGCAGAGUGUGGCCCAGAGUCACAGAGAGGCUCAGCAGAGCCAGGCAGAGCUGGCCAGCCUGGAGACAGUACUGACCCUGUUGCACCUCAAAGAGGCUGCUGUGGGGCCGCUUUGCAUCAGGCCCUGCAUGUUACCUCCAGUAGACUACACAGGAAGUGCACACCUGCUGAAGUUAAAACCAGGUGAAGGUUAUCAGCAGCUGCUGCGGGUGCUGCAGUCGAUGGAAGCAGAGCGCAACAAACAGAGCGGCCUGGUUGAGCGGCUUCAGGAGCGUCUGAGCAGAGCCCAGGAGGAGAUCUCCAGCCUGCAGAGUUCCAUGGCCCAGAGAGCCUCACACUACCAGAGCCUCCACACUGAGCUGCUGGACAAAGUCAGCCAAGCCACAGACACUGAGAAAGAGUUAAAAAGAAAAAGUGCUCGUGCUGCUGCAUUAGAGAAACAGCUACAGGAGAAAACUUCAGCUUAUAGUCAGGCUGCACUGACCAACACUGAACUGGAAAAUCAGCUGCAGGAGAAAACCAGCACCCUUCAGCAUUACCAGUCCCUGAUGACCAAAAAGCAGCGAGAGUACCAGCAGUCUUUGGAGAAGUGUAAAAAAUCUCACUCUCAACAGCUUAAUGAGCAGCAACACAGGAUAGAAAUGUUGCAGUCGUCUGUGGAGGAGGCUCAGUCUCGGGUGUUGGAGAUGGAGCAGGAGCUGAGCGCACUCCAGAGAGAGCGAGAUGACACUCAGAAGGCAGCUCUCCUGCUGCAGAGCUCCCUGGACCAACUCACACAGCAGAAGCAGGUUGAAGAAAGACUCAAUCAGGAGUUGCUGCAAAGUUUCCAACAGCAGGAAGCUCAGUCUGCCACUAAGGUGUGUGAACUGCAGUCGUCUCUGUCGGCGUGCAGAGAGGAGCUGAACACGUACCUGAAGCAGAUGGAGGAAAUGAGGAAGACCUUUGAGAGUGAGCUGCUGAAAAAGAACGAAAAGGUGUCCUUGCUGCAGGAGAAGCUCCACAGUGCAACUCUGCUGUGUCAGAGCUCCAGUGAACAGAUUGUGCAGCUGCAGCUUUCCCUGCAGCAGCAGCAGAGCAUGCUGACUGAGAGCACGUCUCACAUCUCUGAACUGGAGAAGAGUCAGAGCCAGCUGCAAACGCAGGUCUCAAGUCUGGAACAUCAGCUGGAACGAGCUCGAUGUGUUCUGCAGGAUGAGACAAGGAUCAGAGAGCAAGAGGUUCAGGAGAGAGACAAAGACCUGCAGGAGACAAAGGAAGAGAACAAACAGCUCUCUGAAUCUGUAAGUCAUCUGACCACAGAGAUGAAGGAGUGUCGAGGGGAGCUGGUGUCUAAGGAGUCAGAACUGAAGCGUCUGAGAAAGGAUGUCGCUGUCAAGACAUCUCAUAUCAACCGCAUGGAGGAAACUCUGCAAAACAUAUCUGCUCAGCUGGAGAGAAAGACUGACAUUGUGGUGGAUCUGGAGGAGAAGCUCCAUCGCUGCGAGGCGGACAGGCUCAACAGCGUACGCCGUGUCCAGCUUCUGGAGAGACAGCUUCAGGAUGUGCGGGGAGAGUUGACCGGCACUCUGGAGCAGCUGCAGGCGCUCAGAGAUGUACUGCAGAGAACACAAACCACCGCAGACGAGCGGCAAGAGGAGGUGGAAAAAUUGACUUUCCAGCUUAGUGAGACCCAGAGGGAGUUGGAGGAGAGAACACAUGAGGUCUUAGACUUGGACAGUGCUCUAAAGGAAAGACAGGGGGAGCUCCAGCAACGAGCACAGCUGCUGGCCCAGCUGGAGGUGGCCAUCAGAGAUCACAGGCAGGAGAUGGAGAGGAAGGUGGAGUCGGUGCAGCAGAGCCUGGAGGCCAGAGAGAGAGAGCUGAGAGAUGCACAGAGGGAGCUCACCGACAGAAACAUGAAGGAUUCCCAGCAGCUGCGUGCAAGCCAGCAGAAACUUCAAACUGCUCUUCAGGAGCUUGAUGAAACUCAACAACACUGUGAGGCUUUGAGCAGAGAGCUGGAUGCUUCAAAGCUGCAAAACAAAGAGAAGAAGGACAGGCUGCGUAGCGUGGAGGAGGAGCUGGCUCUGAAGGAAGCUCGCUGGCUGCAGUUGGAGGCCAAUCUGCAGAGCACCAUUUCUUCUUUAGAGCAGGAAUUGGAGCUGGAGAGGGAGCGGCAUAGCAAAGAGUUGGAAUCGGUGCAACAGACUCGAGGCCAGCUCCUCAAGGUCUCUGAGCAGAUCUCCUCCACCAUGCGCUCCUCCCAAGAACAGCUCACUACUCAACUCCAGCAGAGCCAAAACCACCUCGAACAAGCCAAGGCAGAGUGCGAUAAUACCAAAACCAAGCUGGAUCAAACAAAGACCGAGCUGGAUCAUGCUCGCAGCCAAGUCAUACACCUUCAAACGCAGAGGGACCAGGCUCAAACUGAGCUCCUGCAAAGUAAAACCCAGCUAGAGCAAACCAGAAUCCUGUAUGAGCAGACCAGAGGCCAGAACAGUCUCCUUUAUUCCCAACUGGAGCAGCUCCGUGUGCAGUUUAAUCAGGCCACUGUCCAGACAGUAGAGCUUCAGAGCCGACUCCAGGCGUCUGAAGAGAACAUGGAAACCUGUCAUGAGUCUCUGCUCAUUAAGGAGUCUGAGGUGACGCGUCUACAAGCCCGGGUCUCCAGUCUUGAGCGAGCUGCUGACCACCAGAAUCUGUACAACCACUCUCUCUCUCUCCCUGCUGUGUACUCCUCUCAGGGCUCCUCCUCUGCACACUCCCCUCUGUCAUCACCCACAAAGCUUCAAACAAACGCACCAGCUCCUGACCACAAUCACUCAACUUGUCAUCCCUCCCCAACACAACGAAGAACUUCCUCACCACCCCCUCCUCACUCACACCUUCAACCCACCUCAGCCCCUCGUUUAUCAAACCAGACAUGUGAUUGGCUACAGAGCAGCAACACUGACUCCUCUCUGGAUCUCCCUCUGAGUCUGAAGGCCAAACUGAGGGAGGCCCUGAGCAAGCAGCCAUGGGAGUCCUCCUCCACUUCCUCCACUUCCUCUUUCUCCCAACAUACAUUGGAUCACAGCUGGCAAGGCCUCAGCGCUGCAGAGGCCACAGCGACCUCUGAUCUCUCUUUUAAUCCUCUCACGUACAUGUUGGACAAGACGGAGGACAGAAACGAGGAGCAGACAAGUGAGUCAAGGAGGGAGUCUGUGAGUACUUUGGUGCCAGAGGAGGAGGAUCUGGACGGCAGGAGUACUCUGACGGGGAUGCUGAGGUUUGUUAAUCAGACGUUAGCGAUGCAGGAGGAUCCGUUUUCAUGGAGUUCCAUGAGGAUUUCACCAAAUAGAGGCAGACUAACACUACAGAGGGACAUCAAGGAGACAUAAAGCAUUAUUGCCAAGGAAAGGACUGGAGAGUGGAGCUGUUAACACUGCUGUCAUCACUGUGGGUCAAAGUGCAUCUCAUAUAGUCCUGCCUUAGGUGUUUGCAACUAUAAUCAAGCUAAAUCUUACCCGCCAGGGAAAAAUGAAUGAUCAGUGAAAUUGCAGACACUCCACAGACUGUUACUGAUAUCCUGUCAGGAAGUUUUAUACAGUAUGAAUGUAGCAUGUACUUUCAAUGUUAAAUUUAAGUGAUAUUUAUAUUUGUACACAAUUAUAAAUUGGAUAAGUAAAUA